CCACAGACCGAGGUACAGACGAGAGACAACCUCUGGCCCCCAAGCAGCUGGCCAGCUUUGCAACCUGUCUUGAGCCCCUAACUCCCCUACCCCGUCCCCAUCCCCUUCCCCGUUGGAGGAGCGGAAAGAGAAGAGAGAAGAGUGAGCAGACAGAUUGAGAGAGAGAGAGAGAGAGAGAUAGCCGGAGAUCUCUGGAGCAGACCUCAAGACCCCCCAAAGCCCGCCCUGGGAGCUGGCUGCGCUGCUAACGAUUUUGGACCAUACCAUGACGAGAAUGCCAACCCAGAGGGGGCCGAAGCCUCAGAGCAGAUGAGAAAAUCCAUUGUGAUUUCCAUUUCUACCUGGUUCACGUCUGGGGGGGCCCUGGCCGGGCAGCCCCCCCACAUUUCUCCUGCCCUGAAACACGGCUCUAGCCAACCUGCUCCGCUGCUUCACCUGCGACCGCCUGUGUGGGGGCUGUACCGCGCCAGCCCCUCCAGCCCGCCAGGGCAUCGUCCUCCAGCCCGUCAUGCCCAGCUGUGACCCCGGCCCCGGCCCCGCCUGCCUCCCCACCAAGACGUUCCGUAGCUACCUGCCCCGCUGCCACCGCACCUACAGCUGCGUCCACUGCCGUGCACACUUGGCCAAACAUGACGAGCUUAUUUCCAAGUCCUUCCAAGGGAGCCACGGCCGAGCCUACCUGUUUAACUCCGUGGUCAACGUGGGCUGUGGGCCAGCAGAACAGCGCCUUCUGCUUACUGGGCUUCACUCGGUAGCAGACAUUUUCUGUGAGAGCUGCAAAACCACACUGGGCUGGAAAUAUGAGCAAGCCUUUGAGACGAGCCAGAAGUACAAGGAGGGAAAGUACAUUAUUGAAAUGUCACACAUGGUGAAGGACAACGGCUGGGACUGAGGGGCUCAGGCAGGCAGUGCCCUUCCUCCGCAUGCCCCACCCUCUCACCCCUGGCCCCGCCAAGAGUCCAUACCAGCAUGAGUACUGCCCCCCCCCGGGGGGGGGACCUGGCUGCUACCAACCCCUUCCGCCUCCACCUCAUCACCCCCAGGCCUCUUUGGCACAGGGGUCUGGGCACCCCAGGGGUGGUCAAAGCUCAGGAGUGGGCAGCAGUCGGGGAGAGGCAGAACUGGUAGGAAUGGUUGUGGGUCCUCCUGGCCCUAAGGUCCCAAGAACGGAGGCGACGGCAGGGCACGCACUCAGGCAGAGGACCAUGGGAGGAAUCAGUUUCGGAUCCUUUUCGAGUGAACACAGGACAAAGCUUGAGUCAGGGACUGGCAUAUUCUGGGCCACAUUAAGAGCAAAGGCUUAGGUUGGGAUGAAAUUUUGGCCUCAAAGGUAAACACCAGUCUCUGAAGUAUCCCCACCACAUUAGUUGGAUUCUGGGGGUGGAAGGGGAAAAAAAAACCCAAAUCCCAGGCCCUGGGAAAUGAAGGAAUCACAGGGGUUUCCAUUUCACUCCACUUGUUUAUCUUGGCACUAAAGAGGCACUUUCCAGUAUCUAACCUUUGCCACUGUGGGGGGUGGGGAAAGCUGCCCCCGGAACGGCCCCCACCCCAGCUGGCUGUUUCCGGUCGGAGCAGUCUCGAUGGGCACUCCCCGAGGCCCAGCCACUGCUCUCUGGGAUUCAGUCCCUUGGAGAAGAGGUGGGAAAUCAGUGCCACGGGGGCCAGGCUUCCUCGUGGCUGCCACCAGCGAACGAAACUUUUGUAUGAUAAAGUGUUUGGGUUUAUUUUUAAUAAAAAGGGGAAAA